UGUAUGUACAACACUCAAAACACCAUAAAAGCACAACAGAAGGUGAAGAAGGCAGCGUGUGACAAAAUCUCUUUAUAAAUUCAACAAAUUCGACAGUUAAAGAAAGAAAAUAUGUCUGGCAAAGUGGAAAUUGACGUCGAACUUAAAAAGGCAUUCAUUGCUCAGCAGCAGAAAUUGAUCGAGACCCGGCAGAAACUGCGCUUGGCUGAUGUGCAAAUCGACGCCCUCAAACUUGACAUUCGAAGGAGCGAAUUGACCGACAGGGAAAUGGCUGCUCUUCCGGACAACACUACAGUGUACGAGAGUGUUGGUCACGCCUUCUUUCUGGAAUCGGUGGAGAAAGUGAGGAAGGGUUUGGAGACCAAAAUCAAAGACAGCUCCGAAAAAAUUAAGAAGCACGAGACUAAUAAAAAUUACCUGGAGAGAAGCCUCAAGGACAGUGAGAACAACCUGAGAGAAAUGGUUCAACAAAGAAAAGAGAUGGCUUGAACUUAAUUAUUAUUUAAUUCAAUUAUUUCUCAAAAAUAUUGCGCUGAACUCAUUAACUUACAAUAAACGCUUAAUUACAAAACUUA